CUUAAGAUAAGAAUAAAUAGCAUAAAACUGUGAGAUAGAUGGUGACUUAUUUCUUAUAUUUGUGUUCUAAUCCAGUUAUAUCUUCUUUUUAUUUUUUGCUUGGACCUAUACAUUUAAUAGAAAAUUGCCCAGGAACGAGAAAAAUUCGCUGAUGAAGGGAGUAUAUUUUACACCCUUGGAGAAUGUGGGCUCAUAUCCUUUUCAGAUUACAUUUUCCUUACAACUGUUCUGUCCACUCCUCAAAGAAAUUUUGAAAUUGCCUUCAAGAUGUUUGACUUGAAUGGAGAUGGAGAAGUAGACAUGGAGGAGUUUGAACAGGUUCAGAGCAUCAUUCGUUCCCAAACCAGCAUGGGUAUGCGUCACAGAGAUCGUCCUACUACGGGUAACACACUCAAGUCCGGCCUGUGUUCAGCCCUUACAACCUACUUUUUUGGAGCUGAUCUCAAGGGGAAACUGACAAUCAAAAACUUCCUUGAAUUUCAGCGUAAACUUCAGCAUGAUGUUCUGAAGCUAGAGGUAGGUGUUUCAUAGCCUUUAGGAGAUCCAUCACGUGGAUCUAAAGCCGCUGCAUUAGGGGGCCUGUACCAUAGGCAUUCUUUCUGUCUUUCUCAGCUGUGAGAACUGUUUGAUUUGAACCUUAUCAGUGAUCUGUGAACCAGCAGCAGGUAGGA